UCCUUUAUCCAACCGUAACUUCCGCCUGUUGGAGGGAGCACAUGCAUCAGUGUAUUAUAAAUAAGCAGUAUCCUAUAAAAUUGUCGACUGGUCAACACGAUCAUUUUGUAUAUUUCGAGACAUUUUUAUACUGACCACAACCAAACUUUUAUUUCACAGUCCAAAGAUUUUUUUCUUACACAGUGAAUAAUGGCAGAAAUGGAACAGCAGAAUUCAUCUCCACAGCAGACAAAUUUGAUAAUAAAUUACUUGCCUCAAUCCCUGACGGAUGAAGAGUUUCGUUCUAUGUUCUUAAGCAUUGGUCCAAUUAAAAAUUCCAAAAUUGUUAGAGAUAAACAAACCGGAUACAGCUAUGGAUUUGGCUUUAUUGACUAUCAGAGUGCAGUCGAUGCAGCAAGAGCUAUUGAAUCCCUAAAUGGAUUACAACUACAGAAUAAGAGAAUAAAAGUUGCGUAUUCAAGGCAAGGGGGUGAAGACAUCAAACAAGCUAAUGUUUACAUCACAAAUGUUCCAAGACAUUGGAAAAGUGAACAGCUACAAGAACACUUUGGUCAGUUUGGAAAUAUUGUUUCAUGUCGAGUAAUUAUUGAUGAAAGAACUGGAUUUUCCAAAGGGAUUGGUUUUAUUCUUUAUAAUCUGAAAGAGGAUUCUGAAAAAGCUAUUGCAUCAAUGAAUGGUAAAGUUCCAGAAGGUGGAGAAAUGCCAAUGUUAGUUAAACUGGCAGAUGACAAUGCCAAAAAGGUGCGACCACCACCUGUGCAGUUUUUACCAGCUCCUCCAAUGGCUGGUCGAUACCCUCAUGGGCCAAUGAGAAGCAUGGGUAACAGAUUCUCACGAUAUAAUCCAAUAGGAGGCUCUAAUUACAAUGCUCCCCCAGUUGGUGCAGGUCCAUACAUUCUCUAUGUCUAUAACAUUGGUGACAAUGCAAACGAACAAAUGCUAUAUCAGUUAUUUAGUGCAUAUGGAAAUGUUCAGAAAGUGAAUGUUAUCUAUGAUGGUCAGCGUCAAAAGUGUAAAGGCUAUGGCUUUGUGACAAUGACAAAUUGGGAAGAAGCAGAAACAGCAAUCAGUUGUCUCAAUGGCUAUUGGGUCCAAGGAAGAGAACUUCAAGUCUCAUAUUUUCUGAAGAGGUCAACAGAAAGUAUGAUGCAGGCACAACAGAUGGAAAAUCCAGUUCCAGGCCUGGAACACAAACUAAUUAUCAACUAUUUGCCACAGUCCCUCACAGACGAGGAGUUCCAUUCCAUGUUCCUGAGUAUUGGUCCAAUAUCCAGUUCAAAAAUUGUUCGCGACAAGGCCACAAAUUACAGCUAUGGGUUUGGUUUUAUUGAAUACAUGAAUCCUGCAGACGCUGGGAAAGCAAUACAAUCACUCAAUGGUCUUAAAUUGCAAAAUAAAACCCUGAAAGUAGCAUAUUCAAGGCCAAGUGGAGAUAGCAUCAAAGGGGCAAAUUUAUAUAUUACAAACAUUCCAAAGCAUUGGAGUAAUGAGGACUUAAAGAAUGGUUUUCUUAAAUUUGGAAACAUUGUCCAAGCUCGUUUACUGAUAGAUCAUAACACAAAUUUAUCCAAAGGUGUUGGAUUUGUUCUUUUUGAUCAGAAAUCCCAUGCUGAUGAUGCCAUGGAAAGCAUGAAUGGACAGAUCCCAGAGGGUGGAACAACUGCACUGACAAUAAAAAAGGCUGAUGAUAAUGCUAAGAAAGUAAGGGCUCCUGUUCAACAAAUGUUCUUGCCACCAGCAGGUCGUAAUUUAGCUGGGGGUCCCAUUCGAAACAACAUGGCUAGCAAUCGUUUUGCUGGCACAAGGUACAAUCCAAUGGGUGGAGGAAGACCCUAUCAGCAGAACUAUGGUAAUCAAGGUUAUGGUGGUGGAAUGAUGGGAAAUCAAGGUCAUGUUCCACAAGUUCCUGGAGGAUGUGUACUGUAUGUGUACAACAUUGGUAACGAUGCCAAUGAAAGAUUACUAUAUCAGCUGUUCAGUCCAUAUGGAAAUGUGAUGAAAGUGAAUGUCAUCUAUGAUAGUCAAAAGGGUCAGUGUAAAGGAUAUGGAUUUGUCACAAUGGGUACAUAUGAAGAGGCAGAGAGUGCUAUUUAUAGUCUCAACGGAUAUUGGUAUAAUGGCAGAGAACUUCAAGUGUCCUAUUACAAUAAAUAACUUUUUUUUUCAUUUGAAAAGAACAUUCAUUGACUUUUUGUUUAUAUCAUGUAAACACACAUGUAACAUUAAAUUCACUAUUGAAUAAACCGUGGGUCAUUUUAUGCAGUUAUUUCCAGUUUCUUUCUGUUAAGGGUCCAAUUAAAAUAAAAAAAUUAUCAAAGUGAUCCCUGUUACUAAAUAAUGGCUGAGUUUUGAAUUUUCAUACAUCAUGUACAUGAAUUAAAAAAAAAAUCACACACUUAAGUGGAACAUUUCUUACAAUUUGGUAGUGGGUCAUUUCUGGUUAGUUGGGUUGCUAAAUAAAAUGGAACAAGCAUUCAACUUCUUAAUUUUUGUAUUUGCCAGUGAUUUUUUUUUUCAUGACUUGCUUGAUAUUUUCAAUGUUACUGUCUUCAAUCUACAUGAUUUAGAUUUACACAUUUGUUAAAGUGUCAUUCUAUCGAUAAAUUUCAUAAAUUUCAUAAAUGUAUAGAUAAAUAGUACUUAAAAAAAAUCACUUCAAUUGUCAUGGCACCAGGCCACUUCAUUAAAACUAUAUGUUUUAAACGGUGGCAGGUUUGUUUUAAUUAAUUCAAUGUAUUUGAUGUGAUUUACAUUCUUUCAAAUAAUCAGUUUAUUGACAUUCAUCACAAUUUUAAAAGUAAAUCAUAUGACCAGUGAAUGAAUGCUUUUGUCCACAGACUUAACUUUUUUUUAGAAGAAAAUAAUGGGUUCAUUGCUUUUAAUCACUGCUUACAGACAAUUAACAAAACAAAUUAAUCAAAGAAAAGUCUGAACUUUGUUUGAUAUAAAGAUCUGAAAUACAAGCUAAGUAAACUAGAUUCCUAUAAUUCCCCAAAAAUUGAAUUACUUGGGAACUCUAAAAAUACAUUGUUUACCUUUAACAAUUUAUGUCAAAUAUAUUGUAAAACCUGUAUUAAGAUCUUGUUUUAGCAUGUUUAGCUGGAAAUCAUAUUACAUGUUUUUAUUCAUUUCAUUUCUUGUAAAUAUAUUUCAAAGUCCCAAGAUCAUGAAGAUGAAUAUAUAUUGAAGCUAAUACUUUUUUGAUUAUUCAUUGAAUACAUGUACAUUGUAAAUGGCAGCUUUCUGAUGGUUUUAAAAUGUAUUAAUACUUAUGAAUUCAUAUUUAUGAUUGAUUAUAAAAUUAGUAGAUAUGUAGCUGACAAGUUGUGAAAUUUAAUUAUUAUGACUAUUUAAUAUUUUCUUGUUUUUUUUUAAUACAGUUUUUGUUAAAAUCAUUAGAUAAAAAAAAAUUAAAGAAAAUUUUACUUGUCAAUAUAAACUGUUAAAAUAAAUUACUGAAACAUACAUCUGCAGGCAAGAAUUUUUAGUUGAUGUUCAAUUUUCACACUUUAUGGUACUUAGGAAUUUGGCAAUUUAUUGAGUCAACUUCUGGUUACAACUUUCAUAUUCUUUUUUUAUCAUGUUUAUAGGAUGCACUGUUAAAAUAUAUCUUGUGAAAUUUGUUUUGUCAACCAAAAAUCAUGAAAAUUGUAACAUCUCUGACAAUAUUCACAUCCAAUUAUUUAAUUCUCUAAGUUUAUAGUUAUGUAUCAUUUUCAUAAGCUUUAAUAUCAAUGUUAUGUUACACAUCUACAUUGUUGAAUGUUGAAAUUCAAAAUUUUUGUUUAUGACAUAGUUAAUGUUGUUGAAAACCAAUAAAUGAUUUAAAUGACAAA